AUGGCUGCUAGUAUCAAAAUUGGCCAACGGCUGGAAGGAAAAGUCGGAAGUUAUUUUGUCUCUGCGCAGGUCGCGAGAGAUACUUGGACUGCCACGAAAAGCAACUCUCAAGCUGGAAAAGUUAUUAUUAAGACAGCCCCACAGGGACGCCUCGAAAACGAGCGUGAUAUUCUGAAGAAUUUCCGGAAUUGCCUAUACAUCCGCCAGGCUUUGCAUGAUGAUGGGUACACACAUACUGACAUUAAACCGGAUAAUAUUCUCGUCAAUUAUGGCACUGGAUCAUCUCGCUUUUCCGAUGUCCAACUGGCUGAUUUCGGUGAUAUCUUUCGGAUAGAUCCUAAGGAUUACCUAAAGGUUGGGAUGGAUGGACCGCAUAUGGGAGCUGCUAUCUUUAGAAGCCCUGAGGCUAUGGUACAGCUUAGAUGGGGACAGUCGACUGAUAAUUGGUCAUUUGGCGCGACGCUUAUAAGUCUUAUUUGGGGUCUCAACUGGCAUAUGUUUAAGCCCGACCCUAAAGACGCCACAGCUGACGAUGAAGAAGAGGAUGGUUACAGAUGGGGAGUACUAGCCUCAGCUACCCAAUAUAUCAAGGACAACCAGAAGCAAAGGCCGUUUAAAAUAAUCGAGGAUGACUGUUUGACAGAGGAGGACAGGACCUUUUUAUUGAAGGUUAUGAAGUUGGACCCGAGGGAUCGUCCAACUGCGAGGGAGUUGUUACAAGAUGACUGGUUCAGUGGUGUGCUAUAG